AUGGCGUCAGCAGUGCCCUUCUCUGCCCUCCCGGCCGACGAGUCAGUCAUCAAGCUGCCUCACCCGUACCAGACCGAGUACGCGAUCCAGACGGGCUCAGCACCCGCGGGUGUCACCGUCGAGACCCCCGUUUACCAGCUCGUCCACAAAUCCUCCGCGGCCUCCAAGCCCCUUCCAUUUGAGCUCGACAAUUCUCGCCUCGUCUUCACGGACCCCAUCGACCUCAAGUCGAGCGAGCUUCCUGCCUCUGGAAACAACAGUCCUUGGGCUCGCGCCCGCCGCUCGCCCUGCGUCUCCUUCUUCUGGGACGGUGCCGAGGCGCCCACCCUGGCCCAGGCAUGGCUGCUUGUGUAUACCAUCUUCUCUCUGCGACCGACCAAGGAGACGUUCCGCCUUGAGCUCCGAGGCGCCAACGCCGCUGUUCUUGGCCGCCAGCUGGUCGAUGUCCUGCUCGCCAUUGACCACCCACUCAAGGCCCGCGAGACGCGGGAGCCCUCUACCAAGACCGACGAAAGCCUCCUGCUUGUCUUGCGCAGCACCUUCUGGCAGGGAGCUGGUUCUCCGUUUGGCCCCCGACCUGUCUGGUGCCCGGCCGAGUCGCCGUCGUCUCUGCCGGCCUCAAACCCUCUGGGAUCGUACCCUUUGACCGCCCUCCACAACACCAUGACCAUUUCCUCGGCCGGUGAUCCCGAGGACCCCGACCGAUACCAGCAGUCGUGGCACCCGAUCCGACCGGCCAAGCCUGCCCCCGGCGCCGUUAUCUACAGCCGAUGGAUCCCUCAUCUGAAGGAGACCUUUUCCAUGGUCGCGCUCGACUACAAUGACGACGAGCACCUGCGCCUGUUCCACGAGUGGCAGAACGACCACCGUGUUGCACAGGGCUGGAGCAUCGCUGGAACUAAUGAGGAGCACCGCGAGUACCUCCGCAAGAUGCACGAGGACCCUCAUCAGAUUGCCGUUUUGGCUAAGUGGGACGACACCUUCUUUGCCUACUUUGAGUUUUACUGGGCCAAAGAGGAUCGCCUCGGUGGUUACUAUGAAGCUGGCGACUUCGAUCGUGGCCGCCACUCCCUCGUCGGCGACGUGCGUUUCCGAGGCCCGCACCGCGUGUCGGCCUGGUGGAGCAGCUUGAUGCAUUACCUGUAUCUCGAUGACCCUCGCACCAUGAACGUCGUUGGAGAGCCCAUGGAGACCAACUCGACUGUCGUCAUGUACGACUUCAUUCACGGCUUCGGGUUGGACAAGUUCGUUGACCUCCCACACAAGCGCGGUGCCUUCAUGCGCUGCUCGCGCGAGCGCUUCUUCCAGCUGUGCCCGCUUGCGGAUAACGAGAAGGUCGUUGGUGGUAUGAGGCUCGGCUUGGUUCCUAAGUUGUAA